AUGCAUGAGUAUAUUCGUUGGUCCUUGGGUGAGGAGAAGAUCAGCUUCUGGGAUGAUGUCUGGCUUGGGGCUAACUCCUUCCAGAGUCUGUGCGUCCCGGGAAAUGAUCCUCCCCAAUCCCAGGCCGUUGUAUCAUAUUGGCAUGAGCAUGCAUGGGAUGAGGAUAUGCUGCAUAGUUUAACUUUCAGGUUUGGCGUACCUCUCGAUGUGAUAGACCAGAUCAGAGCCACGCCGAUUGAGUUGGGGGCGAAGGAUGUGAGGCGGUGGAGUCUGACUAGCCAUGGCGAGUUCUCUGUGACCUCAACUUGGGAGAACAUCCGGACUAGACUACCGAAGAGGGAGAUUUUUUGUCUUAUUUGGAACCAGGGGUUGACUCCUACCAUGUCGGUGUUCAUUUGGAGGUUACUGUUUGGUAGGCUGCCCGUGGAUGAGAAGUUGCAGAGGAGGGGAAUAGAGUUAGCGUCUAGGUGUCAGUGUUGUAGGUCUCCUUCGGUCGAGUCUCUCAGCCAUGUCACUCAUCACCUGCAUGUACUGGUUCUGGCCGGCGGGAUCACCCCGACUCAUUGGAGGGGAUGCUCGCCGUCGGUUGAUUUCAUGCCUUUCUCUCCCAGACAGCGUGUUCUGCGGUCGCUCAUGGUCCUAUGGCAUCCCCCGGAUGCACCUUGGAUGAAGCUGAACACAGACGGUGCCUUCUCUACAUCGACACUGGCGGCGGGGGAGGGAGGAUUGGUUCGUGAUUCUGAUGGAGGCCUUCUGCGGGCUUUUUGUGCUCCGAUAGCUGCAUCAUCGAGCUUUGAGGCAGAGCUUUUGGCACUGAUUCGGGGUUUGGAGAUGGCUAUGGAGCUUUCUACUCACAUUUGGAUAGAGCUGGACUCAGCGGCUCUGAUUAGUUUGUUGUCAGCUGGACACCUUGGCUCCACGGAGUUUAGACAUCAUAUGGCUUUGAUCUGGACCAUGACAGCUCAGCGGCAUGUUCGAUUCUCAAAAAUCUACAGAGAAGGAAACCGGGCUGCUGAUUUUCUUGCAGGUAGGGGGGUCCAGACCCCUGCCCCUACAUAUUUUGAUCCAAUCUCUGCGCCUUGGUACAUGAAGGCGCUAGUUAGGAUGGACCAGUUGGGAUAUCCUAACUUCCAUUUCCGACGUAGAGAUAUGGGUUGA